AUAUAUAUAUAUACACAUAUACAUAUAUAAAACAUACAUGCAACGAAAUGGGUUUACUAUUGCUUCUAGCCAGAGAGAAAGCAAUUAUUGCGGAGAAUGCGAGGCUGCUGCUGCUGCUUGUGCUGUUGACUGUGGGGCUGCUGGUGCUGGAGCUACCGUUGCCAGCAGAGGCCACAAGCGGCUUACGGGUGCCCACGUUCCUGCUGGAGCCCUCACCCCGUUUGCUGUUUGGGAACGAUACGGGCGCACAGGUUAGUUGCACGGCGCACGGAAAUCCAGCGCCAGUUGUGUCCUGGGUGAUGCGCGACGGCACGCUGGCAAGCCAGGUACCCGGACUUAGAAAAAUAUCUGGCAAUGGCACAUUGCACUUCCCACCGUUUUUGGCGCAAUAUUAUCGCACGGAUGUACACGAAGCCACCUACCGUUGCCGAGCCAGCAAUGAGGCCGGCACAAUAUUGAGUCGCAAUGUGCAGGUGCAAGCAGUGGUGCGUCGUCAGUUUCAUGUGCACGUGGAAAACACUGAAGUCUAUUUGGGAAAUUCGGCGUUGAUUAAGUGCGCUAUACCGGAAUAUGUGCGGCCUUAUGUGCGCGUGGCCAGUUGGCAUCGAGGCGAGGAGAUACUGCUGCCGGAACUGUCGGAUGUUGCUGGUCGCUAUGUCGUUCUGGCUGCCUCCGGUGAGCUUUACGUGCGUUCCGUGCGAUCCGAGGAUGGUCUGGCGAAAUUCAGUUGCCUUGUUACAAACACACUGAAUGGCGAUAGACAGCGAAGUGAUGCUGUCAUGCUACAGGUGAAAGAGCUAAGCAAGAAUCUGGCACCACGCACCAGUCAAAAGCCAGUGAUGGAGAUACAUGUGGAGCGGGGCAACGAUGUGCAUUUGCCUUGCAACAUUCAGGGCAAUCCAUUUCCCAUAUUCACCUGGUAUCGCGUUUCAGACUCGGCAGCACUAUAUCCCAUACCAUCGUCACAGCGGGUGAUACUAUCGCGAACAUUGUUGCUUAUCAAAAAUGCUGACGAGCGGGACGCGGGCAAAUGGAUUUGCCAGGCAUCGAAUCAGUUUGGGGAGCAACGCAUUGAAAUUCGGCUCAGUGUAAAUACGUUUGUCUCGGUGCAUAUACUGCCGCAAGUACAAAUUGUCAAUUCGGGCGGAACGGCAAUUUUCAAUUGCACAACAACUGGCUCGGCGAUCGAUGCCAUCGACUGGCUGCACAAUGGCAAACCGCUGCAAGCGAAUAAUGCACUCAGCACCGGUCGGGAUAACAUACGUUUCCUAUCGAAGAGCUCGUUGCUGGUGCUUAAUGUGGGGCGACGCGACCGCGGUGUCUAUCAAUGUCUCGUGGAGAAUCAGCGCGCCAGUGCGCAGGCGAUGGCCGAGCUGAAGUUGGGCGACACAGUGCCCGAAUUGAUUUACACGUUCAUUGAGCAGAAUGUGCGUCCGGGGCCAUUAAUAUCGCUUAAGUGCUCAGCCAGCGGCUCUCCGCCGCCGCAAUUCGCCUGGCUUUUGGACUCGCAGCCUAUUAUGGAUGUGUCUCUGCAUCAUCGUUUUGCAAUUGGCCAAUUUGUCGACAUAUCUGGCGAUGUGAUAAGCCAUUUAAAUAUCUCGCAUGUCCGUCCAGACGAUGGCGGCCUGUACAGGUGUGUGGCCAGCAAUUCCAUGGGCAAUAUUGAGCACUCUGCCCGUCUGAAUGUUUACGGACCGCCUUAUGUGCGUGCCAUUGGACCCGUUAAGGCCGUUGCAGGAGAGGACAUAAUUGUGCGAUGUCCGUUUGCCGGCUAUCCCAUUGACCAAAUUCGUUGGGAGAAGGCGCAUCAGGAAUUGACAACAAGCACACACUAUACACUGGCAACGGUGCCGGAGGGCGGUCAGCUUGUCAUCAAGAAUGUGGAGCCCGGCAGGGAUCAGGGCAUAUACACGUGCAUUGUGCGCAGUCGGGCGGGAGAGGAGGCGCGUCGCGACAUGCAAUUGAAUGUGAACAGUCCGCCCGUCAUUGAGGCUUUCAAGUUCCCUAAGAAUCUGCAGGAGGGCGGACGAGCACAAAUCACCUGCGCUGUAUCCUCUGGCGACAUGCCCAUUUACUUUAGUUGGAAGAAGGAUGACAGUUCCAUACCCCUCAGCCUGCAGAUUACCGAAAAGAAGGAAGAGUUUUACUCGCUGCUGGUGUUCAAGGAUAUCAGCGCGAGGCAUAGCGGCAAGUACACCUGCUAUGCCAGCAAUGCGGCUGCCAAGGUGAACUAUACGGCGGAACUGCAAGUGCGCGUGGCGCCACGGUGGAGCUAUGAACCCAUGGAUACGGCCAUUAUGUUGGGCAAUACAAUAUCGAUAAAUUGCGAGGCGGAAGGAUAUCCGAUUCCAGCUAUUACCUGGUUCAAAGGACAAGGCAAAGCCUCCAAAGAUUUCAAGCCACUUAGCAUGCGCAAUCAUUCGCUGCUACUAAAUUUGGCCACGGACAACGAUGAGGGAUACUAUAUGUGCCAGGCCACGAAUGAAAUUGGCGCUGGUCUCAAGAAGAUAAUACGCAUCAAUGUGAAUGAACCGGCACGUUUUGAACAGCCUGCGAGGAAUGUCAGCUCACGUCGCAAUGAUCCGGUCACAUUGGACUGCCAUGCGAAAGGCGAUGAGCCCAUCAGCAUUGCCUGGACGCAAAACAAUGGACGCAUCGAUCUGAAUAACUUUCGCUUCAGUAUUGCGGAGAUGAAAACCGAAAAGGGCGUCGACUCGCAAUUGACCAUUGGCCACUCGGAUCGUCAUGAUUCGGGCGUGUAUCGUUGCAUUGCCGAGAAUCCAUACGGUCGGGCAGAGCAGGUUGUUUUUCUCGCCGUCCAAGAGCGUCCCGACACACCCUCCAAUUUGGAGGUCUUCGAGGUGGGCUCACGCACCGUCAAGCUCAGCUGGCGGCGACCCUUUGAUGGCAACUCUCCGGUGCUCAGUUACCUGGUGCAGUACCAGGCGCUCAAGUAUUUGCAGUCACAUGCCGCGUUGGGAGCCGCAGGUGGAGAUUGGAAUGGCAUUAAUGUUAUCAAUGUUACGCUGCCAUCGACUAGCAUUAGUCGCAGCUAUGACAGUGAUCUGCGUGAGAACGCUAUUGUGGCGGGUUUGUCACCGGCAACGACAUUCCUCAUACGCAUGCAGGCCAUCAACGAGAUUGAGCGCAGCGCAUACACAGAUUCGAUUGUGCUCAAAACGCAGGAGGAGGCGCCGACAGAGUCACCGUCCAAUGUGCAGGUGCAAACGGGCGGCGAAAGUGAACUGAUAAUUACGUGGCAGAUACCGCCGCGAGAGUCGUGGAACGGCGAACUCAUUGGCUACACCGUCAACUGCUCCGAGGAGAAACAGAACAUUAACUACAUCAGCGUGGUUAACAGCUCUCUCAAAUCGGUCAUCGUCAGUGGCUGGGCAACCACCAAGGCCACUCUCCGUGGCCUCCGUAAGUACACUCGAUAUGCAGUGACCGUGCGUGCUCUCAACAGCUUUGGCUCCGGACCGUGGAGUGCGCCAAUUUUUGGAACCACAGCCGAAGGCGUGCCGGAGGCUGCACCACAAACAGUUAACUGCUCAGCGCUAUCAUCGCAGAGUUUGAAAAUUUCAUGGCUGGAGCCACCGCUGCAAUUCCAUGGCGGCAUAAUACAGGGAUAUAAAAUUUUAUAUCGCCCCAUAGUGCAUCAAAUUGACUUCCCCGCCAAACUGGAGAUCAAACGCACAUCGAAUUUGGAAACCUAUCUGCAUACACUGCUCAAGGCAACAAACUAUUCGAUUCGAGCAUUGGCCUACACAGCCACCGGCGAUGGCCUAGCCAGUCAACCAUUAUUUUGCCAAACCGAUGACGAUGUGCCCGAUGCGCCGGCAGCCAUUAAAGCGGCUGCCUUGACAGCUGAUUCGAUUUUAAUUUCAUGGCUGCCACCAAAGAAUCGCAACGGCAUCAUAUCGCAUUACACGGUGUAUGCACGCGAAGCGGGUCGCAAGGGCCAAACCAAGACUCACAUGGUACGCGUUGACGAGAACGGAUAUCCGGUGACGUUCGAGGCACGCAGCCUGGCCGAAAAUCAAAUGUACGAGUUCUGGGUAUCAGCAUCCACGUCGGUGGGUGAGGGUGAGCCCACAUCUGUGGUGGCCCAGGCCACCAAUACACGAGCACCUGCACGCAUUGCCUCAUUCGGUCAGGUGGUGCGGAAGGCUGUCGGCACACGGCUUGUGCUCGAAUGCCUCGCUGUGGGCAAUCCCACGCCAAGGGCGCGUUGGUUGACUCGCGAUCGACCCGUUACAUUUAGCCCCUUUUAUGAGGUAACCAAUGAGGGCAAUUUGCGAAUACAUCGCGUCGAAGGCAGUCUGUCCGGAAAUUAUACGUGUACGGCAAACAAUCUCUUUGGUAGUGACGAAAUCCAAUAUCAGGUGAUUGCUAUGAAGCCACCGGCCGCACCACAAAUCAUCGUGCAGUAUGCUUCCGCUGACAGCAUACGUGUCAGUUGGGAUGCGCCCGAGGAUGGCGGAGCACCGCUGCAGGGCUACACAAUUUCAUAUCAUACGGCUGGUGAUACCUGGGCACAGACGGAGCUGCUGCCGGAGAACAACGCUUACACAAUGACUGGCCUGAAGUGCGGAAAUCAGUACAUUAUAAAAAUGUCGGCCCACAAUUUGGUGGGCGAUGGUGCACCCAGCGAGGAAAUUAAUGUCUGGACCAAGGGAAAAGCCUCGCAGGCGCCCAAUGGCAAUGAACUAAUUGCCACAAAUGCAACCUGUGUGAAUUUGAAGCUGUCAUCGUGGCAUAAUGGCGGCUGCAGCAUACACCAUUUUUCCAUAGAGCAUCGACCGUUAGGCGACAUACGCUGGACAGUUGUCACAUCGGAUAUUUCGAACGCGGAAGAGAAUCGUGAAAAUUUAAUAUUCUGUGACUUUCUGCCCUCGAAAUGGUACCAGCUGCGCAUCUCCGCUACCAACGAUGCGGGAAAAACGACGGAGCAUUAUCAUUUUAGCACAACGAGCUUGGAUGGCAUCACCAUACCACCGCCUUCCGUAUUCCCCUCGGAAAAUGAUUUGAUGAACAAUCUGAUAAAUGCGACAAAUCCAACCAACGGUGAUUGGUUGGCAACGUUAAUUGUCGUUGUCAUAAUCACAGUGGCCAUCAUGACGAUCGCACUGACCAUCAAACAUCGCCGCACUCUUUGCGGCCCCAUUGCCGAGGGCUACGAGUCUCGGGCCCUACCCGGUGACUUCAAGGAGGAGCACGAGAAUCGACGUAAUCAGCAGGUCUACAGCGCCUCGCCGGUCAAGACGGUGGACAAGAGCAACGAGUCCGAAAUGUACGAGAUUUCGCCAUAUGCCACGUUCAGUGUGAAUGGCGGACGAACAGGGGCACCGGCAAAGACGCCCACACGGGGGCUAGCCGCCCAAACGCCGCAUGACUACACCAUGCAGUUCAAAACAUUCGGACAUCCGGAGGGCGAGAAUCUAAAUGCCACGGCCUAUCCACUGCUGCCAAAUGCGGGCUUCGGACAUGUCAAGAGCAAGUCCAGCUGGCACAAACAACGCUACUACAAUACCGAUGACGAAUCCACGCUGAGCAAAUCAAUGACUAUUGUGGCUGGCUCGCAGUCCGGUCACCCAAAGAAGUCGAGUGGUGCACGGAGCGCCAAGAGUGGUAAUGCUGGCGUGGUGGCUGAGUCGGAGUCGGAUACCAGCAUCAGCCCCAGCACCGAGUUCUCCAACAUGCCCACCUAUCGAGUUCCUUGCAAGUCGUCGCGCAGCAGCGAUGGACGGGCUGUUGUAGAUAUGUUUCGGCCCGACUCGAGCACCGAGUCGAACAAUGACCAGGGCUCACCGGCGCUGGAGCGACGAUUGAAUACGCCACGGCACAUUGGCAUGCCGGCGGAGAAGCGCAGCGCGGGACAGCGCAACCGGAAGCAUGCUUCGCAAUCGGGCAACCAAACGCUGGAGCGACGAAAGUGCCCUGGUAGUAACAACAGCGCUGGCAGUGAGGUUGAAACCGCCGCCUCAUUGGCCGCCUCCAUUGCUGCCAUGACAGGCGGCGAUUUAUCGAGCGGUUUUCGUCCGCCGGCUGCUUUCCACGAUGCCCGCGAAUUUGGGGAUCAAGCGGAGUGCGAGCGGGAGCAGCGCGCCUUGGACUUGGAGGUGCAGCGGGUGAUGGAAAACACCAGCGAGGCGCAGCUGGCGAAAAUGGAUCGAGAGGAGCUGACCUCAUUGUUGGCAAGGUAUCACGAGAAGAAGGAGCAGGAGCGUCAAGAAUACACGAUACACGUUUAAUACUAGCCUAGCCGCAAAGAGCCAACGCUGACUCUUAACUAACUUGGCCAGAACACAGACUCAAAAUAAAAAACAAAACAAAAGAAACGCAAAGAAAAACACCGACACCGAUACACUUAUACACAACUGAGGCAUUUAACUGCAUUUACUUAAUCGAGCAAGUCGAUAGCUCAAACUCAACUCUAAUUGUUGUUCGUUAAGUGUAAACUAAACUGUAGUAUUUAAGCCAGCACGCGUAAUUCUCGCUAAUGCAAAUCAAAGACUAUACAAAUCUAAACGUAUGUUAAAUUGACUGUAAGCCCAAAAGAGUUCUCACAGAUUUUUCAGAAGUUCUCAUACAACAAACACUCGUUAAAUGUCUGCUAGCCAUAAGUAUCUAGGGGAAUAUUUACACACACACAUACGAGUGUAUAAGUAUCUGUUUCAA